AUGAAGACCGUGUCCAGUACUAUGAAGACCGUGUCCAGUACUAUGAAGACCGUGUCCAGUACUAUGAAGACAGUGUCCAGUACUAUGAAGACAGAGUCCAGUAUUGUGAAGACAGUGUCCAGUACUAUGAAGACAGAGUCCAGUAUUGUGAAGACAGUGUCUAGUACUAUGAAGACAGAGUCCAGUACUAUGAAGACAGAGUCCAGUAUUGUGAAGACAGUGUCCAGUACUAUGAAGACAGAGUCCAGUAUUGUGAAGACAGUGUCUAGUACUAUGAAGACAGAGUCCAGUAUUGUGAAGACUGUGUCCAGUACUAUGAAGACAGAGUCCAGUAUUGUGAAGACAGUGUCUAGUACUAUGAAGACAGUGUCCAGUACUAUGAAGACAGAGUCCAGUAUUGUGAAGACAGUGUCCAGUACUAUGAAGACAGAGUCCAGUAUUGUGAAGACAGUGUCUAGUACUAUGAAGACAGAGUCCAGUACUAUGAAGACAGAGUCCAGUAUUGUGAAGACAGUGUCCAGUACUAUGAAGACAGAGUCCAGUAUUGUGAAGACUGUGUCCAGUACUAUGAAGACAGAGUCCAGUAUUGUGAAGACAGUGUCUAGUACUAUGAAGACAGUGUCCAGUACUAUGAAGACCGUGUCCAGUACUAUGAAGACAGUGUCCAGUACUAUGAAGACAGAGUCCAGUAUUGUGAAGACAGUGUCCAGUACUGUGAAGACUGCAAUAGGCUCACCAGUCAAGACUGGGUGUGGUGAAAUCAUACACAAGACGAUUCGAUAA